AGUUUGUCUUCAGAGCUUCCAUCGCUUCAGACAAGCCUGGGCGCCUCGAGUGCCCAGUCGGGUCUCCAGAUUGCUAGCACAAAUCCAGCACUCGGUUGCUUAGGCCGGUCUUGCUAUCCAAGAGAGUCGUCAGCCACAUUUUCGCAGGUACAGCUGGCUGGACUCGAGCUCGAAAGGUUUGAGAAUGUUGCAAAGCGUGCCCACGCUUCGGAUUAG